AUGCUGAAGACAUACGCCAAAUUCUCUGGCACAGCUCCUGUUCAGCUCAAGGCCGCCGCAGCAGCAAUCCAAGCAGGAACCGUUCAAGCAACACCACAGAAUUAUGACAUGUCCUACCUAUGUCCAGUCUCUGUUGGUGGGCAGACACUGAAUCUCAAUUUCGACAGUGGUAGUGCAGACCUGUGGGUCUACUCCACAUUACAACCUACCUCACAGCAAAGCGGACACUCAAUAUACGAUCCCAGCAAGAGUUCGACAUCACAGCUAUUGGUUGGCAAUACCUGGUCAAUCAAAUAUGGCGACGGCUCCAGCGCAAGUGGCAAUGUCUAUGCCGACAAGGUCAUCAUUGGAGCAGUGACAGCGACAUCACAGGCUGUUGAAGCAGCCACUUCGGUGUCGGAUUCGUUCCUGAAGGAUGUUAAUAACGAUGGUCUGGUUGGCUUAUCGUUCAGCAACAUCAACACUGUCUCGCCCAACCAACAAAAGACUUUCUUCGAUACAGUCAAGAGCACGCUUACGUUGCCUCUCUGGACUGCCAACCUCAAGAAGGGAGCUCCCGGCACCUACGAUUUCGGUUACAUCGACUCUUCGAAGUAUUCAGGCAAGAUCACUUACGUCGAUGUGAACAGCGCCAGCGGGUUCUGGCAGUUCACAGCCGAUGGUUAUCAGAUUGGGUCCUCUUCGACCGUCAGCUCUUCAUUCGUAGCCAUCGCCGACACUGGUACUACCCUCAUGUACCUUCCCUCGAGCAGUGUUACGGCAUACUGGGCUCAAGUGACUGGCUCUGGAUACGACAAGAACCAAGGUGGAUACACAUUCCCUUGCAGCUCAACAUUGCCAGACUUCAAUCUGGUUGUUGGAGGCAAUAAGUUCACUGUGCCUGGCAGCUACAUGAACUACGCUCAAAUUUCGUACACGACUUGCUUCGGUGGUCUGCAACAAAACACGGGACUUAGCUUCAGCAUUCUUGGAGACAUUUUCUUGAAGUCACAGUUUGUCGUGUUCUCGGAAGUUGGAGGCAAGGCGUCACUGGGAAUUGCUGCAAUGUACAAUGGCACCCCUGGCGAAGACGAUGGCGACGAGUGGGAGUGUGAGGACUAG